AUGGGCAACGAAGACAUCAAUCGCAAGGACAUUUCCACCCAGAAGGACUGGGCUGAUGAUGAGAGCAACCCGUUCGUCGCCUUCCGGCGCUACGCCGAUGAGCAGGUCUCCACCAUGCUUCAAUCUAUCACGGGCCUCCCUUCGAUGGUGACGCAGCCUCACAACGGCCACUGGGAUAUAUUCGCAGAUUAUAACGGCUACCAGAGUCGGAUGGCCCGUCAAAGAACCAGUGAAAAUAACACGGACAGCAGCAGCUAUCCAACAGACCGAGACAGUGGAAGUGGUUAUUCAGGCAACAGAGAUGGAGAUGAUCAACGCAACUAUGGAAACCAUCCAAGACCACGCUGGCCUGAGAAUGAUGAUUCGUGGAGGAAGUGGUAUAAUGGACCAUCCGACUUCUUUGGCCUCGAUUCCUUCUUCGACCGGUUCUUCGAGGACCGCUUCUUCCCUUUUGCAUCGCACCUCCUACACUCCGGCCAGAACCUUCUUUUCCGGGAUAUGUUUGAGGACACUGACUCCCCAACCUGGCCGAUCGGGUAUAUCUUGUUCAGCCCGUACUCGCCCCUCAAUCUAGAACGUCAAGCACAAUACCAAGCGCACCGUGAAAAGGGCGUUUUCUCAUCCAUCAUGUCAUCUUUGCAUCUCAACUCCGACCGUGACCCUUCUGAACCGCAGUGGCGAGAAGCCUUCGAGGAUUUACUUCGACUCGAGAACGAUAAGCCGAUGCUCGAUCAUAAUGCCUCCGUCACGAAAUCCGAGUCCGGAAAGGAUUGGCUACAAGGGCUUGUUAAACGAGGAAGCUUGGGAGAUAAGUGGAAGUAUGUGUCUGGUAGAGACGGCCACCCUUGGUCAGGAAUUACGUUCUCUGGCCGUGUAGGUCCAGGGCAGGACCAGUCUCGGUCUCUACCCGAGAAAGAGAAAGAACCUGCAGAUACGGAGGCUGACAGCGAGCUCGACCUGUAUGAGCGAUUCUUGCAUGACAUCGAGAGCCGCGAACGUGAGUUCUUCCGCGGUGUCUCCGAAAGCCCUCUGCUGCGUCUCCUCCUCGAGGACCGACGGCAGCAACAGGAAGAACUUGACAAAUACAGACGCGGCCUUCCAAAUGCGAAGGAUGAACACAGCCGUGAUGAUAAUGAGAAUUGGAUCGAUCUUGUGUCUGGCGGAAACAAAAAAUCUGUUCCUGAAACACCCAAGGACGUGCCGACCGAGAUUGACACCAAGGCAACUGAAGCUGUCUCUGAACCAGGGCAGCGUGUUAUCUCCACUAUGACUCGAACGGAACGCGUGCGGCUGGCCGAUGGCUCGGUUCAGAGCAAGGUCGUUAAUACGAAGCGUUUUGCAGAUGGCCGAGAAGAAAGUGACGAGUCUGUUGAAGUGUCUCAUCCCCAGGAUGGUUCCAAGCCGGAGCCUAAUUCAUCGAAGAGCGGUUGGUUCUGGAAAGACUAG